AUGAAAACAAAUAAAUUUUUGAUAAUAUAAAAGAGUUUGUUACUUCACGCAGAAACCUUAUUUUAAAAAAUAAAAUCCUUAGUCAAUUACUAUAAUGAAAUAGCAAAAAUGGAUUCUCUUAAAAAUAUUCUUCUAGAUUAAAAUUGUUAGUAAAAAGAUUAAUAAGAUCAAAUUUUGUCAAUUAUAAACUCAAACAAAGAAAAUUAAGAAAAGUAAAAAGAAUAAAUUGAAUAAUUGUUAUCAGAAAUGGAUCAUCUUAAUUUAAUUGAUUUUACAAUUUUAAACAAAUUCAAAGAAUCAAUUUUAUCUUAAGUAUCGCUAAUUGAUAAUUAAUACCUAUUAAAUUUGGAAAACUACUCAAAUUUAAAUGCAAAAUAAAUUGAAAAAUUAAAGUAAUUAAAUUCAAAUGAAAAAAAUGAGAUUUAGCUUGAUCAAAAUGGGAAUUUAGAUAUAAUUUUAAAGUUGAUAUAAAAUAAAUAAAAUCAUUGUAAUUAAGAUUAUCUUAAAAGUGUUCAAUUUGAAUUACUUAAAAUUUAAGAUCUCAUUAAUGUCUUAAAAAUCAGAAAAAAUGUCUUUUAAUAAGGGAAGAAAUAAACAGAAUUAGAUUUUGAAAAAUUAACUUAAGAUUAAAUUGAUUCAAUCUAAAUUCUCAAAAAUAAAUAUAUUGAUUUUAAUAGAUAAUUUCUUGAGUCAUAAAUAAAUGAUGAGUCUUUAUUCAGAAAUUAAGAACCUUCUUCAAACUUUAUUUUGAAAUAAAUUUUAAGUAAAAGCUUCUUAACAUAAAUUAAUAAAGAAAUAAUUAUUAAUUUAAUAAAUAAAUUUCCUAUUUUUGAGAUUACAAAAAUAGCUAAAUUUAAGCCUUGUAAAUUUUAAGCAGAAAUAAAUGGUUAUAAUAGUUAUGGAAAAUAAAUUGAAGAACAAAAUGGUUAAUAAACAUUUAAAGCUAUUAGGGAUGGGUAUUUUACUUUUUAUAUGAAAAUAAAAUAGGAUUGUUUUUAUCGAAUAAUAAUAAAAUUUUAUUCUUUUUUAAGUCAUCAAUUUAUAAUUGGUUUAGUCAGUAAUUCCCAAAAAGACUAAGAAAUAUAUAAUAAUAAAAGUAUUAUCAAAUUUUCAACUUCCAAGAAUAAUGAUAAUCAAUUGAAUAAAAUAAUAAAGGGUAAAAGUUUGAGUGAUUAGUAAAAUUUUGAAGAAUGUUAAUUAAUAGAAAUAAUGCUCUGUGUAAAUGAAAAAAUAUUUCAAAUUUGUGACUCUCCUCAUAGAAGAAAUAUUAAUUAAAUUAGUGAUAAUAGUUUGGGUUUAAUUAAAUUAUCCUAAGAAUAUUCAUUAGGGUUUGAAUUAUAUUACAAAAAUGAUACUAUUACUAUUAUCUCAUGUGAAGAGCUAUCUUAAAUAUGA